UCAACAUGGGGAGAGAGACACAUAAACUCUCGUAUUAGAGUCUUUAACACAUAAAAAAAAUGGCCACACAACAUAUUUUACUAGUAACACAUCCUUUGCAUGGUCACGUGAACCCAUCUCUCCGUUUUGCUCGUCGGCUCAUAAAAACCACCGGAGCACGUGUAACCUUUGCAACAUCUCUCUCCGUCUUCAACCGCUCAAUGAUCUCUAACCAAACCGACCAAACCAACCUCUCUUUCCUUCCUUUCUCCGACGGCUUUGAUGAUGGACGCAUCUCCAACGCCCAAGACCGUCAGAACCGGUUUAAGAAUCUCAAGCUUUAUGGAGAUAAAGCCCUGUCUGAGUUCAUCGAAGCUAAUAGAGACGGUGACUCUCCCGUGACUUGUUUGGUCUACUCAUUUCUUCUCAACUGGGCAACAAAAGUUGCGCGUAGGUUUCAACUCCCUUGUGCUCCUCUCUGGAUCCAACCAGCUUCUGUUUUCAACGUCUAUUACAAUCAUUUCAACGAGGACAUCACGUCUCUCGAAGUCCGUGAUCUUCCUUCUUUCCUCACGUCUAGUAAGGAUACCGACAAAGCUGGACACGCCAAGUGUCAAGAACUAAUGGAGUUUCUCAAAGAAGAAACCAAUCCUAAAGUUCUCAUCAACACAUUUGAUUCGCUUGAGGAAGAGGCGUUAAAGGCCAUACCGAAUAUCCGAAUGGUGGCAGUGGGUCCUUUACUAAGCGAACCGGAGAAAAGUGUUUCAAGAGAUGAAAGUAGUUAUAGUCGUUGGUUAGACUCAAAAACAGAGUCCUCUGUUAUUUACGUUUGUUUUGGGACAAUGGUUGAGUUGUCCAAGAAACAGAUUGUGGAGCUAGCGAGAGCACUUAUAGAAGCUAAAACGCCCUUCUUGUGGGUUAUUACUAAUAAACCCAACAGGAUAUCUGGAACAGAAGGAGGAGAAGAGGAGAUGGAGAUUGAGAAGAUAGCUGGUUUAAGAGAGCAGCUUGAUGAGGUUGGGAUGAUUGUUUCUUGGUGUUCUCAAGUGGAGGUUUUGAGACACCGAGCCGUUGGUUGUUUCGUGACUCAUUGUGGGUGGAACUCGACGCUUGAGAGUUUGGUUCUUGGAGUUCCUGUGGUGGCGUUUCCGAUGUGGUCGGAUCAACCGACGAACGCUAAGCUUCUUGAGGAUUCUUGGAGGACAGGUGUUAGGGUGAGAGAGAAUAAGGAAGGUUUGGUGGAGGCGGGAGAGAUUAGGCGUUGUUUGGAAGAGGUGAUGGGGGAGAAAGGUGAGGAGCUGAGGGAAAACGCAGAGAAAUGGAAGCGUUUAGCGUUUGAAGCGGGUAGAGAAGGAGGGUCAUCUGAUAAGAGCAUGAAGGCUUUUGUGGAUGAGAUACGUGGUGACUUUGUUUAGUGAUGCAGAGGAGGUUAAAGACAAUGAUGACAUCUUCAAAUCCAUUGAAAACUGUUGUUAAUAUCUUUACUUGUCCCAUGUUAUCAACGUCAUUAUCUUCUUUUUUUCAAGAAUCAACUAGAUUUUUGCGCGGG